AUGGAUAGAUCGGAAGGUGGUAGGCGAGCCAUCGAAGAGACCCCGAGAGGGGGGAAUGAAAGAAUAGUCCAAUUAACACAAGGAGAAUUGCAACGAAUGAUGGAGGAAGCAAGUAGGAAUGCCAUUUUGGCAUAUGAAAAAAGAACACAACCUGCUGAAAAUGAAAAUGCCCAGCGAAGAAUGAUACGAGAAAAGGAGACUGAACGAAUUUCUGAAGGAAUGAGCAGAAGAGCCCCUGAGAGGGGACGCAUGGUGGCCCCUUCUGAAGUAGGGUCAAGUUCGCUAGGUGAUGGCGGAAACGAGAACCUGCGAUCUCGAAAGCAGAUGUCGAUAGCAAUUCUGAGGGAAAUUGUGAAUACAACUUUUAAAAUGCCAGACCUACCAAAAUAUGACGGUCUAAAAGACCCGCAAGAACAUGGGUCCGCAUUUGAUCUGGUGAUGAAUCUUUACGGACAAUCAGACCCUAUUAAAGCGAAAUUGUUUAUAACUACUUUAAUGGGGAAGGCACAGGAAUGGUUCAUGAGCUUGCCACCGGGUAGUAUCGAAUCUCAUGAACAGUUGGUACAGAAGUUCAUUUUCCAUUUUGCAAGUAAACGGAAGCAGAAGAGGUCGGCGACCUAUCUAUUUACCAUAAGGCAAAAGGAGAAUGAGACCUUAAAAAAUUUUAUGGGCAGAUUCAACAAUGAGACUUUGGAGGUCCAAGACUUGAGGAUUGAUAUGAUGGUGAGUAUCCUCAUUCAUGGUUUGAAAAAAGGGCCAUUCGCUUUAGCUCUAGCAAGAGACCCGCCGACUAAUGUUGAGCAGUUAAUGCGGUUAGCUCAGAAAUACAUUAAUGAGGAAGAAAUGAAUGCGAUGAAGGACGGGGAGUGGUUAGGUGCCGGAAAAACCCGCGACCGUGAACCUGGAAAAGAUCCGAAGCAAAAUAGUGAUCGCGUUCGUGACCUCACCUACCGACCAAAAUACCAUCGAUACACACCGCUGAACACCACAAGAACCAAAGCACUGCUGACUGUAGAGAAGUCAGAUAUGUUGAAAUGGCCACGCCACACCAGAUUUACACCUGCUAAGAAAUAUUCAGGCAAAUAUUGUAAAUUUCAUCGCGAACGUGGGCAUGACACAGAGGAGUGCUAUCAAUUGAAAGAUGAAAUUGAAAGGUUGAUAAGACAAGGGUAUUUUAGAGAGCUAGUAAUGAAAUGUCGAGCGGAAGAAACGGUUGCUCGCAGAAGCAGGUCCAGAAGCCCCGAUCGAAGGCAAGACAAAGGAAAAGGAGUAGUAAAAGAACCUAAUCUGGGAGGAAAUGCGCCUGUGAAAGGUGUUAUUUAUACCAUUGCGGGAGGACCUGAAGGAGGAGAUUCAAGAAGGUCAAGGAAGCGGCAAAAUAGAAAUGUUCAACAUAAUCAAUUAAUCGCAAGUAUUGAGCCAGAGGAGGAGAUCACAUUCGAGGACAAAGAUGUGGCUGGAGGAGUUAGAUCGCAAAACGAUCCCAUGGUGAUCAAACUCGAUAUAGCUAAUUUCACUGUCCGGAGAGUUUUGAUUGAUAACGGGAGUUCUGCAGAUAUCAUCCUUUGGGAUGUUCUUGUUAAAAUGGGGUUAGAAAAUGCGAAAUUAGAACCAGUAAGGACCCCGUUAGUUGGGUUUGGUGGCACUGAGAUUGUUCCGUUAGGGACCCUUGAUUUACCCGUAUCUAUGGGAGAAGACCCUCGAAGGAAAACGUUGAUCAAAUUCCUAGUCGUAGACACACCCUUUGCAUAUAAUGUGAUCUUUGGAAGACCUGGGCUGAAUGCAUUCCGAGCUAUAGUGUCUACAUAUCAUCUGAAAGUAAAAUUUCCAACCAGAACGGGAAUAGGUGAGGUAGUGUGCGAUCCCGAGGAAGCACGUAAAUGUUACAAUCUGUCCCUGAAAAAGGGCGAGACCACGGAUAAAAGAAGAAAGUUGGAUGUGAUCGAAGGGGGUAGCCAAAUAUCUGACGGAAAGUUCGAAAGAAUUCGACCAGCUGAAACGCAUAAAGUCGUAGAGGUGAUCCAAGGAGAUCCCUCUAAAACCACCAGGAUAGGGUCGCAAUUAGGUGAACAACUGGAAACCAUGAUGAUAUCAUUGCUACGCAAAAAUGCUGACAUUUUUGCAUGGAGCUCGUCGGAUUUUGUAGGCGUGGCACCAGAUGUAAUUGUUCAUAGAUUAAAUGUAGACCCCACCAUGCGACCUGUGCAGCAAAAGAAAAGAAAUUUCAGCAUGGAAAAAAAUCAGGUGAUUAGAGAAGAGGUGGAUAGAUUGCUAAACGCUGGGUACAUUAUGGAAGUCCAAUAUACAAAUUGGUUGUCCAAUGUUGUGGUAGUUCCCAAGCCAGGAGGAAAAUGGAGAGUUUGUAUAGACUUCACGGACUUGAAUAAGGCGUGUCCGAAAGACCCAUAUCCACUUCCUCGAAUUGAUGCAUUAGUGGACUCAACCGCCGGAUACGAAUUAUUUUCCAUGAUGGACGCCUAUCAAGGCUACCAUCAGAUUUUCAUGGCAGAAGAAGACCAGGAUAAAAUUUCGUUUGUAACAGAAAGAGGAAUAUAUUGUUAUAAGGUAAUGCCCUUUGGGCUGAAAAACGCAGGCGCCACAUAUCAACGUUUAGUGAACCGAAUGUUUGAGGACCAGAUUGGAAAAACUAUGGAAGUUUAUGUUGACGAUAUGCUGGUGAAAAGUUCAAGGUCGCAGGAUCACAUAGCUUACCUUGAACAAACUUUUGCGACCCUCAGGAAGUACAGAAUGAAGCUGAACCCGAUGAAAUGCACCUUUGGUGUAGCUGGGGGAAAAUUUCUGGGUUAUCUGGUCAGCGAACGUGGGAUCGAGAUGAAUCCAGAAAAGAUAGAAGCCAUACUGAAGCUGAAAUCACCAACCAACAUCAAAGAGGUCCAAAAACUAACCGGUAAGCUUGCUUCUCUCAAUCGUUUUAUUUCAAAAUCAUCAGAUAGAAACCUACCAUUCUUCAAAGUGCUGAGAAAAACCAAGAAUUUCGAAUGGACGGAGGAGUGUGAGCAAGCGUUUCAAGAUUUAAAAACAUAUUUGCGCUCACCACCGUUGCUGGCAAAUCCCAAAGGGAAUGAGGUGUUAUACGUGUACUUGGCAGUCUCAGAAAAUGCAAUUAGUUCGGCUUUGGUCAGAGAAGAAGGGGGAGUGCAAAGUCCGAUAUAUUACGUAAGCAAAAUGUUACAUGGGGCGGAGAAAAGAUAUGCGCAGAUUGAGAAGCUGGCACUUGCGCUCAUUGUAACAGCUCGCAAACUGCGACCUUAUUUCCAGGGUCACCGCAUUAUUGUUCUAACCAAUCAUCCGCUCCGUAAUGUGUUGGCGCGACCUGAGGCAUCAGGUAGGCUCGUGAAGUGGGCAGUAGAACUGGGGGAAUUCGACAUCGAAUACCAAGCUCGUACGGCGUUAAAAGGACAAGUAUUAGCAGACUUUAUGGUCGAAUUCGUGGACGAGCCUGAAACCGAGCCUAGUUCAGGCAAAUGGAUGUUGCAUGUAGAUGGAUCUUCUAACGCGGGAAACGGGAGAAUCGGAAUAUUAAUACAAGGUCCGGAAAAUAUAGAGAUCGAGGUCGUUGCACGAUUAUCUUUUCCGGUCACUAAUAAUGAGGCUGAAUAUGAAGCCCUCAUCAUGGGUUUAGAAUUAUCACUGGAAGCGGGCGCGAAAGAUCUGGAGGUCUUUACCGAUUCACAACUUGUUGCGCUGCAAAUAGAGGGGACCUAUGAGACCAGAGAAGAGCGUAUGAUACUCUAUCAUACCAAGGCGAAAUCCAUAAUGUCCAAAUUUAACAAGUGCCAGGUGCAUCAAAUCCCAAGACAUGAGAAUGAUAGAGCCGAUUCUUUGUCGAAGUUCGGAGCUACUCUAUCGAGAAUUAAAGAUCGCAAGAUCACAGUGAUGAUCAAAGAAACAUCCGCGAUCGCUGAAGUUGUCGAUAUUAAUACUGCAAACGAGAAGCCGUCAUGGAAAGACGAAAUUGUUCGAUACUUGAGAGAUGGGAUUUUACCAGCUGAUCCCAUCGCUGCAAGAAGAUUGAAAAUGAGGACACCUCGUUUCACAUUGAUUAACGAGCAACUGUACAAAAGAACUGUAGAGGGUCCAUUGUUGAAAUGCCUUGAUCCUGAGAGAGCUGAAUAUGUAAUGAGGGAAAUCCAUGAAGGAAGUUGUGGAAAUCAUUCUGGGGGAAGAUACAAAAGAGUUGGUCAAGAAAUGCGUAGCCUGCCAGAAGUUCGCAGCACAGAUCCACACACUAGCGCCCAAAUGGAACCAGUUAAGAUCGCUUGUCCCUUUGAUCAAUGGGGAAUAGAUAUCUUAGGACCUUUCCCCACCGCUCGAUCUCAAAAGAAAUUUAUUGUAGUAGCUGUAGAAUAUUUUUCUAAAUGGGUAGAAGCGGAGGCUGUGGCUAAGGUAACGGAGGGCCAUAUGAUCGAAUUUAUAUGGAAAAACAUCAUAUGUCGGUUUGGGGUCCCCAGAAUCUUGAUCUCAGACAAUGGCACUCAAUUCCAAGGAAAGAAAAUCACGAGUUGGUGCAAGGAGUUAAAAAUUCAGCAACACUUCACCGCAGUAGGGCAUCCACAGUCGAAUGGACAGGUCGAGGUUGUUAAUAGGACCAUCCUUCAGCAUUUGAAAACAAGAUUAAAUUCAAAAGGAUCAUGGUUAGAUGAAUUACCCGGAGUCUUGUGGGCAUAUCGAACUACACCUAGAUCCUCCACAGGUGAAACUCCUUUUUGCCUUGUAUUUGGUACUGAAGCUCUUAUUCCUGCAGAGAUAGGCGAGGAAUCACACCGAGUUGCUAUGUAUGAUCCUGCAACUAAUCGUGAGGAGCGCUGCUUGGACUUGGAAAUAAUUGAGGAGAAAAGAGAGAUCGCGUAUGCCAAGAUACUGCACCAUAAAAACUUAAUGAUGAGAAGUUACAACAAAAAUCUGAGGCCCAGACAAUUUCAAGUUGGAGACCUCGUGCUGAAGAAGGUGGAGGUAUCAAAGCAUGUGGGAAAACUUGACCCCGGAUGGGAAGGACCCUAUAAAGUUACGGAGAUCAAGCGAAGAGGCACCUAUCGAUUGCAAGAUCUGGAAGGUCGAGACUUACCACGACCGUGGAAUGUCCAAAACUUGAAGAAAUUUUACGCAUAG